ACACACACACACACACAGAGCUCAGAUCCAUUGACGUGCUCUCUGGCAGUUAAAAGCUCUUAGUGAUAAGACUAUCGGACACAGAGAGCACUCAGACUGCUGCCGGUCAGAUGGAUGGAUGGCUCGGUCCUCAGAGACCCUCAAACAGGCAAACUGGUUAAAACCAAACAGGAGGAAGGUUUCUCCUCAGUCAUGCAGAAGGUGGAGGGACGGGUCACCCCGGUCAACCUACCUUCUUCCCGGGGCCCGAGCACCCCGGGGUCUCCUGCCACCAGCAUCACGGCCCGAGUGAACGACCAGGUGGUGGGUUACAGAGACCUGGCAGCUCUGCCCAGAGAUAAAGCCAUCCUGCAGGUGGAGAGACCGGACCUGAUGACGUACCAACCACACCUGAGCUUCUCCCCGCUCGACCCGCCACGCAGAGAGCGAUCUCUCUCUCCUCCCUCCACGUCUCCCACCAUGUCCCCUGAGGUGAAGGGACGCCGAGCAGAGAGUGAGAGCGGUUCUCCUGGAGGAUCCACACUGCAGCUCAACGCUGGACGCAAGAUCAGCACCAGCCUGCAGCACUUCCACAGACCAGAUAAUGGAACCAACAUCUACAGGAAACCUCCCAUCUACAAACAGGAUGUUACCAAACAUCUGGAGGGCAGCGGGGUCAUUCAGUCGGCAAAGUUUCCUGCAGCUCAGCCUCCAGAUCCCAACCAGCCGUCCAAGAUCGAGACAGAGUACUGGCCCUGCCCCCCCUCCCUGGCUGCCAUGGAGAUCGAGUGGAAGAAGAAGAAGCUGCAGGAGGAGGAUGAGUUCGAGGACCUGACAGAAGAGGCCAAGACGCUGCAGGAGCAGGAGCUGGAGAAGAUCAAGUCCAACCUGGGCCGCCUGAUCCUGAAGGAGGAGAAAGAGAAAGCCGUUCAUUUCCGGAGGAAGACGCAGUCGCUGCCCGACAGAACACACAUGCACAGCAGUUUGUCAGCGAGUGCAUCGAAGUCUCCUUCACGUUCAGGAUCAGGUCUGACCAGAAUGCAGUCUGCAGAGUUUUCCACAGACGGAGACAAAGGACCAUCAGCUGCUCAGAACGGAGAAGCUCGGAGGGAGAGGAUGGACAGAGGAAACUCUCUGCCCAGUAUCCUGGAGCAGAAGGUGUAUCCAUAUGAAGCUCUGGUUGUGACCCACAGAGGGCGCUGUAAGCUGCCGCCAGGAGUCGACCGCACUCGACUGGAGAGGCAUCUGGCUCCGGAGCAGUUCGAGCAGGUCUUCGGGAUGCCGAUGGCCGAGUUCGACCGCCUCUCUUUGUGGAGACGAAAUGAACUGAAGAAGAAAGUCUCACUUUUCUAACAGGAAGUGACCUCGUUCCCCAACAAAUACUUGACGAAGCGCCUGCUUUGAAAGAAGGAGAAGGAGAGGCCAUAACAUCAGAUAUCAACAAUCACACAGAGCCAUUCAUCACAUUAGUCCACACAAACACAUCCUCCAUCUUAACUAACCAAUCACGUCCCUGGAUGUGCGCCGGCCCCCGAGGAUCAGACAGAGUUUACUGAAGGCUGGUCCUGAUUAACCCUUUACUCUGACUAACCUUAACUGAUGCACUGACACUCAGACAUAUUACCUGUGCUGCACUUAUAAUCACCACCUGCUUGCAAACCAUCCUCAUUACCUGUCCACUCAUCAUCAUCAUCAUCAUCACCUUUGUCUUUGUUUCUCAGAGUUAAAACCUGCAGAGGUUUGGCUCAUGGUGUGAGAUUAGCAGGUCAGCAGCUACCUGUGGGUUUAACUCAGGUGUUCUGGUUUCAUGAAGCUGGUUCACCCUCAAAUCCUGACCAAUCAGAUUCGCUGGAAAAUGGAGUCAUCAUUUCCACAGGAUCCCGACAGGGACACAAAUACUGAGUUUAUAAUGAAGUCACAAAUACUUAAGAACGAGUGACGUUUUUAAACUGAGCAGAACAAUCACUUCUCUGACUGACAGCAGAUAUUUCCUGGAUCAAACGUGUCGGCUCAGCAGGAAGAAAUCAGCUCUUAGCUUUUUAUUGAUUAUUGAAAUCAGAAAGCUGACGUCUCGAUCAAUCGCCACAUGGCAUGGCGACGCUCGACGUUAACAUGAAGAUCACAAAAAAGGAAACAGCAGCAGCGACAUCGUAGAUCAUUUGACAGACGAACCACCUCUUAGUUUCUGUCAUUGUGCUGAUGGAGAGCUAACCUUACUUUGUGAUGCUGCCCCCUGCUGGUCAUGUGCUGAACCGCAUUUCACAUUAAUUUUCGCAAGGUAGCUAUGAUGUGUACGAAAACACGUAGUUAAAAACGAGUAUAUGAGCGACGAUGCUAGGAAGAAAAAUAAUAAUUAGAUAAAGUUUGAACAAAAAUAAAAUGGAGGUAGAUCUGCUCUGAGUCAGACGAGUGACGGACGUCAAAAACGCUUCUAACAAACCUUUCUGUGUGGCGUGACCUUUAACCUGAACCUUAAUAUCUGGAUAUUCAUCUCCAGCGUUUCUACAGAUUCUUCUGCUUCUGCUCUGCAGAAAUCCUUUAACUUUAUCUCUGUGAACUGGACCAGUUCAGAACCAGCUCCAUGACACCAGUUAUCAGGAUCACUGAUGUGAAGCCAGGAACUCAAACAGAAACAGACCCAGUUAAUCUUUAAUCGUGGUUCAGGCCUCUGAAGUUUCUGCUCUCGACUUGAAUGAUUCAUGUGAGGAGCUACUGUCACAUAUUAAACAUGUAACAGACGAUAAAAUCUAUUUAUUACGUGGAGCUUUUUAUUUAUUUGAUGAUUGUAAUUUUUACUGCCACAAGUCUCACGUUUGUUUGCUGCUGUGAACGUUCUUAUUUGGAAAAUAUUGUUUUUGCUGUACAGUUUGUUUUAAUUAUUUAAUGGGCGCCUGUUGAUGACAUCAUCCCUCACUUAACUCACCGCCAACAUCUCCCCACUAAUUUCAUCCAGACAUUUUAAAGGAGUAGUUCGUACUUAUCAACAUGGUAGCGUCUGUAUUGGAUUGUGUCUUGAGGUAGAAAUCGUCUCUCUGCCAUCACAUCUCCACGCUCAGUGUCCGUUCUUCAUGCUUUCUUCUGGUGACACCUUCACACCAUCAGUCCUCUUUGUUUCUGUUGUACGAUGUACGGGAGUCAAAUAAAUCUGAGAAAAACAUCAAA